AUGAUCCCCGGUCCGAUCAAGGCCUCCGUGGUUGCUGCUGCCCUACACGCGAGGUGCGGUCUGGCCGCCAACGAACUGCUUGAGCUGCGCGACGAAAGACCCGUCCACGAGAGCACGGUGGCGGUCGACACGGACCAUGCGGGCCUGUGUCUCGGCUCGACGUUCACCACCUACAUCAACGCAGAGGAUGUCUCCACGCUGGAUCGGUCGAAUGCGCUGGCUUCACUCUUCGAACUCUUCGAUCGGGAUUUCGAGCAAGGGUUUGGAAAGGUCGAUGAGAUCCCCACGGACGUCAAGUUUGACACCAUGCAGGAGUACCACGAGCUUUGA